GCUGACUCGAUUAUACCAUCCUCAGACGAUUCCUAUAUGAUGUCAUAUGUGCUUUCUCAUUGUUAUGCCAACGAAUGGUAAUUUUAAAAUGUGAAACUUUGAGGGAUGAGGGGACAUUAAGGCAACACACUCUGCGCUAAAUUCACUCCAGCUUUGUAAACAACAAUAUAUAACGGUUAUUCUGCCUGUAAGUAUGUCAUUUAUGGUUGCAACGACUCAUGGUUUCAUUGCUGACACAUUUUAUGAAGCAAUAUAUUACAGCCUGCAUGUAUGCAGCUUUGUCAUAUUGACGAAGUUUCCAUCAAUCAUAACUGUAAGUUAAGCUAACUCUAAAUUAAGCUAAGCUAAACCAGCCCACUUGGAGCCACUGCGGUGAACUAAAUGAACACUUCCGGUUGAAACCUAUUUUCCUCAUUGUCUUUUAAAUUUAGAAACAAGAGUAAUUGUAAUUUUUUUGUUUGUGAAAACUUGAUUUGGCCGAGAGUAUUUCACCUCAGAAUAUAGAUACAUUUUAAAUACAUUUUGACUUGUCAGCGCAGGAAAAGCAAGAGUAAUGGUGGCGCUGAGGAAUACUGAAGCUUCCAACAACACGUAACUCUGGGACUGGGGUUGUUCUAGUAACCACAGACAUAAAUACAUAUGUAUAUAUAUCUAUGGUUGUAACGGGCACGCCGUUGCUCUUAUUUUCUCCCUUCAUCCGGUCAUUGCGGAACUGACGAUGCAGGUAUGCUCUCAGACAAUCGGAGAUGGCAGUUGUCAAACCUGUGGGGGACUGUAUCAAGCAGGCGCCACCUACUGGACAUCAGGGUCGAUGCACUUUCCUUUGUUAGUGCAGUUUAGGCUGCUCUCAUGUCAGAACCAUGUGACGGCCCCAACACAAACAUAAUAUGAUAAAAUAUUAGAAACAUCUUAUUUAUGACUGAUCAGAAUAUUACAUCACUGACCUCCUCAUGCAAUUCCCAUGGAUCAUGAUUGAAAAAAUAUUGAAAAAACAACAAUAUGAUUAACAAAAAAACAAUGGAGACGAGCUGCCACAGGAGCCUGAAGGGAAAGUGUGAGUAUCUUUACACCUGUGCUUUAUAAGGUCGAUAUGUCUGCAGAGUGCUUAUGGUCACUGUUCGUUUCACAAGAAUGAGAGCAGCCAGGAGCUGAAAGUGUGGGCAGAGGAACAGGAUGCUGAGGACGAGUUAGGCGACAGUUUCCUGAACUGAAUCCUGAUUUCCUGUAAUCAGGUUUUGUGGACUGACAUGUUGUCUGGUUGGUGCUCGGCCCAGGACAGGAAGGCUCUGCAGUGGGUGAACCAUCCAUCGACAGAGCAUCGGUGACAGUGGCGAGGUCCAGCAGCAUCUACCGGACAGCAACCUCCUCGACACCCCAGCUGUUGUGGAGGCGUGCCAGCCUCUUUUACUUUACAUGAAUGUAUUGAAUCUGAGAGAAGACACGUGGAAAAUCAGCAAGAUGUUCACAGAGCACACACUGGCAGAGAUUUGGCUUUAUCAGAGAAAAUGGAACAAUAAUGAAGAAGGAAUAACCUGGAGGGGUUUGUUGAGGUCCUUCUUGAAGGCAGGCUGGGCCUUUCGGGACCAUGUUGGCUCUACAAUCACUGGUCACUUUCCUUCUCACCAGCCUGCUCUGUGUCAACCAGCUGCAGCCCGGCCACGCCGUGGACACUUCAGAUACAGACAGGUACAGGGGGAACCGUGAGGUCAUCACCCAACCACCUGCAUCUGAACCAGCAUCCGAACAAGACAGCAGCUUUGGAUACAAAGGGUCUCGUCUUCGCCAGGAAGACUCCCCUCCCCGCAUCGUGGAGCACCCGUCUGACCUCAUUGUGUCCAAAGGGGAACCAGCCACUCUCAACUGCAAGGCAGAGGGCCGUCCAACCCCCACGGUGGAAUGGUACAAAGACGGGGAGCGUGUCGAGACGGACCGUGACAACCCCCGUUCCCACCGCAUGUUGCUGCCCAGCGGGUCCCUCUUCUUCCUACGCAUCGUCCACGGGCGACGGAGCAAGCCUGACGAUGGCAGCUACGUGUGCGUGGCCCGAAACUAUCUGGGCCAGGCAAUCAGUCACAACGCAUCCCUGGAAGUAGCCAUUCUCCGCGAUGACUUCAGACAGAACCCAGUGGACGUGAUGGUGGCGGUGGGCGAGCCCGCGGUGCUGGAGUGCCAACCGCCUCGCGGGCACCCUGAACCCACCAUCUCCUGGAGGAAAGACGGCACCAACUUAGAUGACAGAGACGAACGGAUCACGAUUCGCAGUGGCAAGCUGAUGAUCACCAACACCAGGAAGAGCGACGCGGGGAAAUACAUCUGCGUUGGAACGAACAUGGUGGGGGAGAGGGAGAGCGAGAUCGCUGAACUCACUGUGCUCGAGCGCCCGACCUUCCUGAAGCGGCCCAGCAGUGUGGUGGUGUUGGCAGACGAGAGCGUGGAGUUCCACUGCGUUGUUCAAGGAGACCCUGUUCCCACUGUCCGCUGGAGAAAAGAUGAUUCUGACCUGCCUAAGGGCAGAUUCGAAAUCCUGGAGGACCAUACCUUGAUUGUUCGCCAAGUGACCUCCUCGGAUGAGGGCUCCUAUACAUGCGUGGUGGAGAACAUGGUCGGAAAAUCUGAAGCAUCUGCCACGCUUACUGUACACGUGCCCCCAGCAUUUGCCAUACGCCCCAGGAACCAGGUGGUGGCAGUGGGCAGGACGGUCACCUUCCAGUGUGAGGCCACCGGCAACCCACAGCCUGCUAUCUUCUGGCAGAAGGAGGGCAGCGAGAGUCUCCUCUUCUCCUCGCAGCCUCAACAGCCCUUCAGCCGUCUCUCUGUCUCCCAGAUGGGCAGUUUGACUAUUACCGAUGUUCAGCGCUCCGACGGCGGCUUCUACAGCUGCCAGGCUCUCAACAUCGCCGGCAGUGUUAUUACCAAAGCUCUGCUGGAGAUCACGGACUCUGGAUCAGACCACCCUCCUCCUGUGAUCAGGCAGGGUCCAGUCAAUCAGACCGUGCCCGUGGACAGCACAGUGGUCCUGGGGUGUCAGACGGCCGGCACCCCGCCUCCAGCAGUCCACUGGAAGAGGGACGGCGCGGUGGUGUCUCCGGUGGACUCCCGCAUGUCCAUAGCAAGCACAGGCUCACUUGAGAUUCGUUACGCUAAGCUGGGGGACACAGGCUUCUACACUUGUGUGGCUUCUAGUCCUAAUGGAGAGGCUUCAUGGACAGCGUACUUACAGGUGGAGGAGUUCGGAGUCGUCGUUCAGUCCAGUCACCCUUUAGACCCCAGCCUGAUUCCUGAUGCUCCAUCUAAACCUGAGGUGACCGACGUCGGCCGCACCUCCGUCACUCUAUCGUGGAAACUGAACCCCAGCGCUGGUGCAACGCCUACGUCCUACCUAAUCGAGGCAUUCAGUUAUACGUUAGGCAGCAGAUGGGUGACCCUAGCUGAGCAUAUCAAGACACAAACCUUUGUCCUAAAGAACCUGAAGCCUGCAACUGUCUACCUGUUUAUGGUCCGAGCGGUGAAUGCUUUCGGCCUCAGCGACCCCAGUCCGAUCUCCGACUCUGUCAGAACGCAGGAAAGCACUUCCACCAUGCAGGGAGUGGAUCACCGGCACAUUCAGAGGGAGCUGGCAGACGUGGUCAUCCACCUACACACACCGGCUGUGCUUUCAUCCUCCGCUGUCAGGGUGCAGUGGAUGGUCGAGCAGCAGUCCCCGUACAUCCAGGGUUACAAGGUGCUCUACAGGCCGUCCGCCGAGCACGGCCAGCCAGAGGGGCAGUGGAGCGUCAUGGAGGUGCGCGCCCCGCGGGAGGACGGGGUGGUGAUCGGUCAGCUGAAGAGAGGAUCCAUCUACGAGUUCAAAGUGCGCCCCUUCUUUGACGAGUUCCAGGGAGCUGACAGCGAGGUGAAAGUGGUCCGGACCUUGGAAGAAGCCCCGAGCAGAGCACCCCAGGGCGUUACGGUGACAAAGAGUGAUGCCAAUGGGACCGCCAUUCUGGUUGCUUGGAAACCGCCUCCGCAACGGGAAGAUGCCGGAGUCAUUCAGGAAUACAAGAUCUGGUGCCUGGGUAACGAGAGCCGGUAUCAUGUAAACCAGUCUGUCGACGGCUCCACGUUCUCUGUGCUCAUCCACAGCCUGGCACCUGGAAUCCGCUACAGCGUAGAGGUUGCGGCGAGCAACGGUGCCGGACCCGGGGUCAGGAGCGAUGUCACCUUCUUUCAAUUAGACUCUGCAGGCCAGAUGAUGGAUAUCAGUGAGGAGAGAGACACUCUGUCUCAGAUCUCAGAUGUCGUGAGGCAGCCGGCUUUUAUUGCGGGCAUUGGCGCCACCUGCUGGUUGGUCCUCAUGAUUUUCAGCGUGUGGCUCUACCGGCACCGCAAGAAGAGAAGUGGCCUCAGCAGCACAUACACUGGCAUCCGCAAGGUCCCAUCAUUCACCUUUACACCAACAGUCGCGUAUCAAAGAGGAGAAUCUGUGUGCAGCGCUGGCAGACCUGGCCUUCUCAGCAUGGGCGAACCUCUAAACCAGCUGUGGCUGCCAGACAACUGGCCAAAUGCGUGUGCCAAUCACAAGGACUGCAGCAUCAACUGCUGCAAUAAUGGCAACGGCACCAGUGACAGUAACAUGACAACAUACAGCCGACCAGCUGACUGCAUAGCAAACUAUGGAAACCAUCCAGAAAACAAACAGGCGGGACAGCUUGGUUCCGAGACGGCCAUUUACAGCGACGUGAACCUCUCCAACAAGCUCAACGAGAUUAAAACGUUCACCAACUCCAACUUGUGCUACGUGAGUCAGGGCGGAGACUCAGCAGCCACAUACGAACCCAUCCCAUACGCCACCACGCAGCUCAUUCAGGCCAACAUUAAGAAUAAAGCAGCCAGCGGCGGCGCUAUAGCUGAGCCUCUGGACAUACCGAGCUGGAAACAGCCCCCCAGCCUGCCCCCAAUACCCAAGGAGAUGGCUGCACAGAUGCAGUAUAACAUUAUUGAGCAGAACAUGCUAAAUAAAGAGCAUCUUCAAGGGAGCGAAGGAAUGAUCCACCCCAAAACCAUCCCCUACAACCAGAGCCGUGAUCACAGCACAGGAGGCUCGCACCACAGCUCAGACAGAGGCAGCAGCAGCACUUCAGGGAGUCAGAAUCAAAAGAAGGGAACGCGGGCUCCGAAGAUCCCAAAACAUAAUGCAGUAACCUGGGGAGAAGCCCCGUCUCCUCCUCAUGCUAAUGCCUGUGACUGUGAUGAGUACAGCCUGCCCAUGGAAAGGAAUUUUGAUCCAGAGCAGAGAAUAGAAGGCUGUCCUACUCCACCAGUCAGAGGGGCCGCUUCAUCCCCUCCUGAAGUGUCCUAUAGUCACCCACCUAUCACAGCACCACAGGGAGACCUGAGCAAUGGCCUGCAUGAUGGGGCUGAGCACCUCAGCCAACACAUCAGCAGCCACCCUCGCCCUCUUUCCCCAACACACACCUACAGCUCCAUACCCAUCUGUAUGGACCCCGAUGGGCAAGAAGACGACGAGGAAGAGGAGGAGGCAGAGGAGGAGACAGACGCGGAGCUCGCUGAAAGUCGCUACGGCCAACACGACAACCGGCAGAAGCACAAACACCAGCUGCACCACCCGUCUCCGCACAGGCUGCUCCUCCACGGGCUGGAGCAGACCCCAGCCUCGAGCAUCGGGGAUCUGGACAGAUCAGUCACAGGGUCCAUGGUUAACAGCUGGGGCUCGGCAUCUGAGGACAACAUCUCAUCAGGCAGGUCCAGUGUUGUCAGCACCUCGGAGGGAUCCUUCUUCACGGACGGCGAUUUUAACCAGGCAGUAGCCUCCUCACGGGAUAUUGUAGGCCUCCGCAUGUGCAGAUACCCGGAGGAGUCAGGCCGGCGGCACCAGCGGCCAAGCAGCCCCAUGUCCACAGACAGCAACAUGAGCCCUGCAAUAACACAUAAAAGGCCCAGGAGGCAUAAACAGAACCAGUCUGGUCAUCAGGACGAACCCAAAGACGUCUUCAAUGAUGACUCUUGCAUGCCUCUGAGUUUCUCCAGCCAGAUGUCCCACGGCGACUACAAAGUGAGGGGGGCCACGCUGCCCCGGAUGGGCUCUGGGGAGGCCCGGGGUCGACGAGGCAGCACUGGGACUCACAGGGUCAAGGAGGCUGCAUGUGAGCAGAGAGAGAGCCAAGACAAGCACAAGACUCCACACGGAGGGAAAGGAGGCAGCAGAAGCCAGCAGCACUCAGAGUUCGGGGACAUCUUUCUGUACAGCCGUCCCUCUUUCCCAUCAGGUCAAGCUCAAAGGGAGCCUGAUGGUACUAACUCGUCCAGCUUUAUGUCGUGUGGAGACUCGAGGACCAAACAGAGAGCACAGGUGGCACCUACAGGACAGGUGGAAGGGUUCCUGAAAAGCUAAGAAGCAACGCGAGCACAAAAAGGAAUUUCCUGCAGUUGCUUCAGACGAAGGACUAUGCUACCUUUAUGAUACGGAGAAAAAAAAAAAAAAGACUGCACAAUACAUGCUAUCGUUUUCUACUACAGAUUUCUCAUUAGGUGUUGGAAAAAAAAAAAAAAAAAGUGCUGCCAUCUUUAAGUCCGUGGACUUCAAAUUUGAUGCACUGUUUUAUUGUUUGCUUUUCGGGUGACCAGCUCCCAGGAGCCCGAACACGCCGGUCGCUCGGAAAAGUUAAGACGAAUGCACAUGUGAUGGCGGUCGUGAGUGUCUACACAAACAAUGUCCAUGGCGACUGCUUGAUGCGGUCCGUUACAUGAUCUUGUUGUCUUGUUAUUUUACUGUAAUUGUUAUUCAGUCAUUACCAGCCAUCUUGUAAAUUUCUUGAAAUUGUUUACUGCCACAGAAGUGCUUCAAAUUCAAAUUUUAUAUAACAGUGUUAAUGUUUUAUAGGUGAUGUACAUCUUGUCUUUGUAUUUUUAUUUUUAUUUUUUUGUUCUACUUCGGUUAUAAAAGCACAAUCACUUAAUUUUAUUCAAAGUCAUUAUUAUAUGAAUUUCAGUCUGGAGGAGAUCAGUCUUCGGAGUCUUGUUAAUCAUUUCAGCGGUUCACUUCGGGCAGGCUGAACAAAAUGAUUGUUAAUUGUGAUUGUGCAUUCGGUUGCGUACAUUUGAGCUGCUUUCAUUCAGAUUUGAACUAUCUGUUGUGUGUACUGAGAAGAGAAUUGCAUGCAGAUUCACCUGUGGGAGGUUUUACUCAACAUCUCGACGGCUUUGUCCUCGCUUCAGGGUGAUGGAAAAAAAAACCUGGUCAUGGACUGGCUCCAUUUAUUGUUUUCUACACUGAGUCUGUUUCAUUUAGUCCUGUGUUCUCUUGACCGUGGCCAUAACUUCUGGAGUAAGGCUGGACAAUAAGCUUAAUGUAGCAAAUUACUGAUAUUAAUCUGUUACAGAUCUAAAUUGACAAAUAUAUCCAUUUUAAAGAAAUGAAAUUGACUGAAUCUUAUCAGACAGCCAAUCUGUACACGGCCCAAAAACUGGAAAAAUCUUAGAAAGCCAGCACAAGAAAGUAACUAUCACUAGGCACUAAUGUAUUAAGAAUAUAUGUAUAUUGUGUAUUUAUAGUUAUAAAGUUAAAGUUACAUUGUGCUAUAGACUUUGGUCAUAUUGUCCAGCCCUAUUCUGUAAGUUAUAUAUGGAACUAAUAUGUCACUUUAACUCUCUGUUUGAAUAAAUAUUGCUGUUCCUUAAGCAACAACAAAAA